AAACUCAUGAAGGCCCUCCCCGCCUCCCUCCUUGCACCCCCCAAAGAUACGCGAGUCCCCCCUGCGUCCCGAAUCCGUUUUCUCUGUGACGUCAUCAAUCACCUGACGCAAGUAAACAAAUCGCUGUCAAAGGUGUUGCAGAGGUGAGGGUGGCGACGGGAGGGACGGAAUCGCGUUGUGGACGUUUGUUUGGCGUCAGGACAACGUUUAAUACUCAAGUCUAGUAUUAGCCGAGGCCUCGAGUCUAGGGGGCUGAUACUCUAGGAGUGCCAAGAGGGAAGAGCACAAAAUGAGCAAUAACCACAGAAGACAAAACAGUCGUGGCCGGUCGACAGUCUUAAAGGUUGUGAUCCUAGGGGAUGGAGGUGUCGGGAAAUCCUGCCUCAUGAAUCGCUUCGUCACUGACCGAUUUGACGAGCACUCCUUCCAUACCAUUGGCGUGGAAUUUCUCAACAAGGAGAUUGAACUGUCGGGGGAAACCUACACACUGCAGAUUUGGGACACCGCAGGCCAGGAGAGAUUCAAGAGCCUGCGAACCCCAUUCUACCGUGGUUCGGACAUGUGCUUGCUCACAUUCGCAAUAGAUGACCAUUCAAGUUUUAAGAACCUUGAGACAUGGAGGAAGGAGUUUGUGUACUAUGCCGACGUGAAGGCAGAUUUUCCUUUUCUCGUGGUUGGGAACAAGGUGGAUCUUGAACGCAAGGUCACUACAGAAGAAGCAGAAGCCUGGUGUAAGGAAAAUGGAGAUCUUCCAUAUAUUGAAACUUCGGCAAAAGAUGCCACAAAUGUAGAAACGGCCUUUAUGAUGUGCUUAAGACGAUGGGCUAACAUAGAUGGCCGGCAGGAGAGAAUGCCAAUGCCAGACACAGUUCAGCUAGAUGGUGAUGGCACCCACCAUCGUCUCUGUGCAUGUUCGUCGUAAGUUAGAGGUUAAGAGUACAAGGUAUGAAAGCUUUGGAGGAUCAAGAGCGAAGUGUAACGUAAGAAGUGUAAUUUUCUUUUCCUCUUUUUUUUUUCUUUAAUAUUCCUCUCAUUAUUGUUGCAUCUGUCUGCGAAAUUGUAAUCUAAGUCAUAAAGUCUGGAUAAAUGUUUGUGAUAUUUCUAUUCAUUAACAGUUGAUUGCCAAAGUUGUUCUUUGAAUUGUUUGAUUGUUCGAGUAUAAGAUGACAGGGUCAUUAAUGAAUAAGGAUUUUUUAAAUAAGGUACCAUAUGGAUGUGUCACUCAAAUUAUUGUGUAUCAGAACUUGAUAUUUUUAUAUUUUGAUGCAUUCUUUGUGACUAAUUUUUUGUAGAUUGUGAAUGAAAUUGUGUGGUCGGUGAGUUAAAUUCCCAUUGUAUGCUUAUUGUCUAAUGCAUUAUUACUUAUAGAAAAUGGCUUCACACUUUAUCUGGCAUCAGUAUCUUACUUGAAACUGUAUCGUUGGUAGAAUCUUUGCAGGUCUGUUUUGAUGCUAAAGGCCAUACAUUGUAUUCAUGAAACCUGAAUAACUUAUCUCCUUUAAAUUUAACUUUUAUUGAUAGUAAUUUAAUCAUUAUGUGCAUUUGUAUGCUAAUGGUUUAUCACAGCAUACUUAGAAAGCAUAGAGACUUAUACCUUUUAUCAGAAUUUGCAAAUUAAUUAUUUUUAAGGCCCU